AUGCUGCGCGGCAGGAGCUGGAGGCGGAGCGUGCGGCCGCCAGCCAGCUGCAGGCGAGGCAGCCGUCAGGCGCGCCGGCAGCUGGUGUCUGCGGCGGCAGCGGGCGACGCGGCCAAGGCGGUUGGCGGCACCCCCGUGCCCAAGAACGCCAUCCUGGUGGUGGGCGGCACGGGCACGCUGGGCCGCCAGGUGGUGCGCCGCGCCCUGGACGAGGGCUACGAGGUCCGCUGCAUCGUUAGGCCGCGCCUCUCCCCCGCAGACUUCCUGCGCGACUGGGGCGCCACCACGGUGCAGGCAGACCUGACAGACCCCACCUCCCUGCCCGCCGCCCUGGUGGGCGUGUCCGCCGUCAUCGACUGCGCCACGGCGCGCCCCGAGGAGUCCACCGACAAGGUGGACUGGGACGGCAAGGUGGCGCUGAUCCAGUGCGCCCAGGCCAUGGGCAUCCAGCGCUACGUCUUCUGCUCCAUCCUGCACUGCGACAAGCACCCCGAGGUGCCGCUGAUGAGCAUCAAGCACUGCACCGAGCAGUUCCUGGCCUCCAGCGGCCUCAACUACACAGUUUUCCGCCUCUGCGGCUUCAUGCAGGCCAUCAUCGGCAACUAUGCGGUUCCCAUCCUGGAGGAGAAGCCUGAUGUGGCGCGCAUGAUCAUGGCCGCGCUGCGCACGGACGCGGCGGUGGGCAAGACGCUGCCGCUGGCGGGCCCCAAGGCCUGGUCCACAGCCGAGGUCAUCGAGCUGUGCGAGAGGCUGGCGGACUGCGACGCGGAAGUGCGCAACGUGCCGGUGUGGCUGCUCAAGGGCACGCGCGGCCUGCUGCGCUCCUUCCAGUGGGCCGGCGACGCCGCCGACCGCCUGGCCUUUGCCGAGGUGCUGUCCUCCAACGAGAGCUUCAGCGCGGACAUGGGGGAGACGUACGAGGUGCUGGGGGUGGACCCCGCCUCCGUGUCGGGGCUGGAGGAGUACCUCAAGUCGUACUUUGACACCAUCCUCAAGCGGCUAAAGGAUGUUGGCGCAUCCUCCAAGCAGACUAACUUCUACAUCUAA